AUGAUGGCGACUCACGCGCUGGUGACUCCGAUUCCUAGGAUAGCGAUUUCAAAGUUGACUGCUUUCGUACUCUCUCUAUCUACUCCUCCAUCAAAAUCGUCUCCUUCUGUUCCCGGUGUAAUCAAUCUCUAUCCUCGCCGGAUAUCUUUUCGAGGAAUCACUUCGAUGGCUGGAGCAGGAUCAGUGUCCAUGGACUUAACUCUGGAAUCGAGGCCGGAGCACGUCACAGGGAAUUGGUUUUCGGUGCCGGAGCUCCGUUUGCGUAAUCACCGAUUCUUAGUCCCUCUAGAUUAUUCCCUCAAUUCCGAAACUUCUCCCAAAAUCACCGUCUUCGCUCGAGAAGUCGUUGCGGUCGGGAAAGAGGAACAGGCUAUGCCGUAUCUAUUGUAUUUACAGGGUGGUCCAGGUUUUGAAAGUCCAAGACCAAGUGAAGCUAGUGGAUGGAUCCAAAGAGCUUGCGAAGAGUUUCGCGUUAUCUUACUCGAUCAAAGAGGAACAGGCUUGUCAACUCCUUUAACAUCUUCGUCUAUGCUUCAAUUCAAAUCAGCAAAUGAUUUAGCUGAUUAUUUGGUUCACUUCCGAGCGGAUAAUAUAGUUAAGGAUGCUGAGUUUAUUAGAGUUCGUCUUGUUCCUAAUGCUGAUCCUUGGACAAUUCUGGGUCAGAGCUUUGGUGGGUUCUGUGCAGUAACAUAUUUGAGCUUUGCGCCUGAAGGACUAAAGCAAGUGCUGAUAACCGGAGGAAUCCCACCAAUAGGCAAAGCAUGCACAGCCGAUGAUGUGUAUGAAGCCGGUUUUGAACAAGUUAUUCGCCAAAACGAAAAAUACUACAAGAGAUUCCCAGAAGACACUGAGAUUGUUCGUGAAGUCGUAGAUUACUUGGCUGAAUCUGCAGGCGGAGGGGUACCUCUUCCAUCAGGAGGCAUACUCACUCCAAAGGGUCUUCAAACUCUUGGUCUAUCUGGUUUAGGAUCAAGUACUGGCUUUGAGCGUCUGCAUUACAUGUUGGAGAGAGUAUGGGAUCCUAUUUUAGUUCCUGGAUCACCAAAGCGGAUUAGUCAGUUCUUCUUAAACUCUUUUGAGAAUUGGCAUUCUUUUGAGACAAACCCACUCUAUGCUCUUCUCCACGAGUCCAUAUACUGUGAGGGUGCUUCAUCGAAAUGGUCUGCUCAUAGGCUAGGGGGAAAAUUUGAGUGCAAAUUCGAUGCUGUGAAGGCAGUCAAAGAAGGUCAAAACGUACUCUUCACGGGAGAGAUGGUAUUUCCAUGGAUGUUUGAUGAGAUUCAUGCCUUGAAGCCGUUUAAAGCUGCUGCGGAUAUCUUGGCCAAGAAAGAGGAUUGGCCUCCGUUGUAUGAUGUUGCUACCUUGAACACUAACAAAGUGCCUGUUGCUGCGGCGGUGUACUACGAAGAUAUGUAUGUAAACUUCAAGCUAGUGAUGGAAACAGCUCCUCAGAUUUCGGGUAUUAGACUUUGGGUGACGAAUGAGUUUAUGCACUCGGGUCUUCGUGAUGCUGGAAGACAAGUUCUUGAUCAUUUGUUGGGUAUGAUCAACGGGAAAAGGCUUCUCUUUUGA